AUGACAUCGUCAAAGACGGCGUCGUCCCUAGCAGCCAACGUUAUCAAACUCAGCGACCCCGAAAAGGAACUUCUCGAUCAAGUCGACGUCUUCAUUUUUGAUUGUGACGGCGUCAUUUGGAGGGGCGAUUCGUUGAUUGAUGGCAUCCCAGAAACCUUAGCCAAAUUGCGAGCCGCUGGCAAGAAAAUGUUUUUCGUCACCAACAAUUCCACGAAGUCUCGCGCUGGCUACAAGAAAAAGUUCGAUGGACUCGGCUUGAACGAUGUACCAGCGGAAGAAAUCUUUUCCUCGUCGUUCGCCGCGGCGGCGUAUUUGGAGCAGACAAAAUUCAAAGACACAGGCAAGAAAGUUUACAUAAUUGGUGAAGUCGGAAUUUGUGAAGAGCUUGAUUUGAUUGACGUCCCUUAUAUUGGUGGGCCGGCCGACUCCAAUAAGCAACCCGAUAUGGGAUCGGGUGGCAUGCUCGAAGUGGAUGAAGAUGUGGGCGCUGUGGUUGUUGGAUUUGAUCGUAACGUCAACUAUUACAAGAUUCAGUACGCGCAAUUGUGUAUCAACGAACACGACGCUCAAUUUAUAGCCACCAACUUGGAUGCUGUCACACACUUGACGGACGCUCAGGAAUGGGCUGGAAAUGGAAGUAUGGUGGGCGCCAUCAAAGGGUGCACUGGCCAGGAACCACUUGUCGUAGGCAAACCGAGUCCCCUGAUGAUUGAUUAUCUUGAAAACAAGUACGGGAUGGAUCGUUCCCGCAUUUGCAUGGUUGGAGAUCGCUUGGAUACGGAUGUGCUGUUUGGUACCGACAACGGGCUUAAAAGCUUGCUCGUUCUUUCCGGGGUGACAUCGGAAGAAAAGCUCCUGUCGCCCGAAAAUUCUAUUACGCCAGACUUUUACGCCGACACUAUCAAUGAUUUUUUUGCCGCAGCGCCCGCACCAAAGGAAGCUUAG